GGAUAACUGAGACACCGUCAUGCAAACCCAGAAUCUCCCAUAGAUUUCUUAUUUCCCCUCCCUCUCUAUGGCUCCAAAACAGGCUCGCAUUCUCAGAGCUCUUCUCGUUUUCAUUAAUUCAAUGUAUACAGAGAUGUUCCGGGCGGUGCGCGUUUUCCGGCUAACCGGAGGGAAUGAAGAAACAGAGGAGAAAGAAUACCUGCUCAACCACACCCGGAAAGAUAAUAACUUUGGGGGAAAUGGAACUUCUAGAGUACUCACGUUGUACGGAUUCGACAUUUCAGAGCAGCACACCGGGAUUGAAAAUGGCGUCUGGAAAUGCGUCUAUAUAUUCGACUCUCAUCGCACCCAACCUCCAUUGGUUGAUUACUCUGAUGAGUGGGUUCCAAUUUCUAAAAAAUGCAGAGUGAUUUUCCAAGAUUUGGGUGAUGAUCUACAUACCAUGUCAAAGCUGGAUCAGAAUGCAGAAACUUCAAAGUCAGAACAAAAUCUUGUCACUGAAGUGUGCAGUAGCAAAAGUUCAAGUAAGCACCGAUCAGGAAUGAUAACAUCCAAUAUCCGUUUUCUGGAUCUCAACUCGAUACCAGACUCCGAUGCUGAAGAGGAUAGUGAUAUAUCCGUGCACAAGAAACGGAGGGCAGCACCUGAAGAUAUAGCAAGGAUUGCUUUGGAAGAUCUUGUCAAGUAUUUUGACCUUCCAAUUACUGAAGCUUCAAAAAGCCUGAAAAUUGGGCUUACAGUACUCAAGAAAAAGUGCAGAGAAUUCGGUAUCCCUCGCUGGCCUCACAGAAAGAUCAAAUCCUUGGAUAGACUCAUUAGCAAUCUCCAGGAAGAAAUGCAACAGCAAAAUGAUGACAAUGAGGACGAGGCAACAACUAUGGCAGUGUCGAAGAAGAAAAGAAUGAUAGAAUUUGAAAAGGAAAGGAUAGAGAAGAAGCCAUCCAUGGACAUACAAGAAGAAACCAAGAAGUUUAGACAAGACAUUUUCAAGAGAAGGUAUAAAGCUAGAGUUAUGGAGAGGGAGAGCGGGGGGAGGAAUCUAAAUCUGACAUUAUCGUAGAUAGAUCUUCAACAGAUUUCGGAGCCUUUCAUCUUCUAUGGGAUGUUUCUUUGUGGAGCAGAAGCAGUGAGCAUGAUUAUUUGCCCUCUAUAUGUUGCCUCUCAUAGUGUUAUGUUUUGCCCCUCUUCUUCUAGCAUUUAUUAUGUGUUUCCUCCUGGUUUGUAAAUUUUGUUUCAUGUUUUGGUAGUAUUUUUUAUGAGCGGCUCAGGGUUUAGCCAGUCCUAAUUAUGUUUGAAAUUCAAGUUUUAGAAGAAUAGAAUAAUCAUCAUAUAAAAUUAUUUCAUCUGAUAAUACGUUUUACCGUGGCUACCUAUACUGAUGAGUUGCUGAUUAUGCUAGGUAUUCUUCUCAAGGGCCACUUUGCGUUAGUUUUGUAUGCAGUGAGUUCAAAUUUGUUUAUGAUUUUUUUUUCACUUUUACGUGCAUUAUUCAUCAAUUUUC